AUGGCUUCUGCAAAUGCCAAGAUAGACAGUCUUCAGGAGGACAACUGCCUGAAGGAGAAACGCCUUUCAGAGGCAGAAAGACGGCUGGAACACCUGACUAAUAAGUUCGAGGAGAGGAGUGCAGCAGCAGUAGCGGCAGAAGAGAAGGUGGAGGGACAGGAAGAGAGGCAUUCGCAGCUGUGUGAGGAAAGAGAGAAUUUGAAACGACAAAUGUUUGAGGAACUCAAUCAUCCAAAGAGAUGCAUGACAGAGGCCUCUGAGGAAAAGCUAGGAAUCAGUGCCACGCUCCACCAAAGUCUCCUCAGAACGGAAUUCGUCAUCGAGUUAGGAAGACUCAAGGAACAACUGAGCAAGGGAAAGGAACGGCGAAUUCAGUUCACAGAGAAGCUGUGCCUUAGGAAGAAGUCGAAAACCCCAGGACAAGUAGAAACGCUGGUGAACGAAGACCUGAGACAAUUGACGAGCUCUGAAGAAAUAGAUGGUUUAAGUAAAAUCACAGAAUGCCUCCAUGCCAAAGACUCAGAAGAGGUUCUAGGGUCAAAGGACUGGCAUAUGCAGAGUUUAAGUGAAGCGAUUGAUCAUCUCGUGAAACUGCUGAGCCAAGAGGAAAACGAAGACAGGGUAGCUGCGGUGGAAAUGGUUGCCGACCUACGAGAACAAAAGAGGCUCCUGGGUUUCACGAAGGAAGACAUGACUAUGAAAGCACAUAUUGACACUCACAUUCAUGUCCUCAAUAGAACGCGAGGAAAAGAUAUCCAAACCCAGAUGGAUAAGAUUCUCAAUUGUGUGUGUCAAUCAAAACCUGGCACUGAGGACAUCAAUAUUCUGGAGAACAAUGUCCUACCAGCUACCCAGGAUGAAGAAAUCCUCCUUAAUCCAAAAUACACAACAGAAGAGCUCAUUUCCACUCAGAAGGAGGUUACACCUGCCAAAGAAGAAACCUCCAGUAUUUCAAUUAUUAUAAUUUCAGAGGGAUUCGUGCUUGGGGAGGAAGAAGUCAUCAUUAGGUCAAAUUGCAUACCCGUACCAGGGGAGCCUUCCGCCAUUCCAGAAGACCUUUUUUCCACUACUCAGGCUGGCCCAGUUGUUCCAGAAGAGUCCUGUUCCACUCCUCAGGCCGCCCCAAUUGUUUCAGAAGACCUCUGUCUCACUCCCCAGGCUGCCCCAAUUGUUCUAGAAGAGCUACUCAUGAGAAAAGAAAGGGAUGCCUUCCAUGUAGAGAGAGCAGCUUUCAGUGGGGAUGUACAAGCACUCCAUAAUGAAAGAGAGGCCUUUAAUAUGGAGAGGUUGGCCCAUAUUAGGGAGAAAGAAGCCUUUGCUGCAGAAAGAGAAGCCUUCUACAGACACAAAGAAGAAUUUGACGAGGACAAGGAUGCCUUCUUAAGGGAGAUGGCAAAUUUCCACAGGGAAAAGGAAGAAUUAGAGAGGGUCACUACACAAAUAGAAAAUGUGGGAAAAUUAUGCAAAGAUAAACAGGAAACAUUAGACAGAAUAGAACGGGACCUCAUUCAGAAAACGAUAUGCUUCGAAGAAAUAAAAGCAGACUUUCUUCAAGAGAAAGCAGAAUUUCAAAACGAAAAAGAAGUUAUUUUAGAGAGAGAACAGGAGACCAUUCAAUGUAUAGAGAAGCUAGAAAACAUCAUGAGGGAAGUGCAGGGAGGGAAGCAUUUGAAUUGGAGCAUGACAAACAAGAGGGAAGUCCAGAUGCAAAAGAAGAUUGACGAACUUGAAAAGACCGUACAACAAAAACACGAAUUAUUGAUGAAAAGUGAGAUAAUAAAAUGUGACCUUUUGCAGGUACUUUUUAAUACAGGCUUAAUUAACGAAAACACUGUACAAGAAAUGUUGAAUGAUACAAAAGAUCUAUUCCCAAUACAAUAA